CUAGAGCUCAGGACGGCGGAGGGAGGAACCGGGGUUUUCGCCCAAGAAAGCAGGGUUGUCGUCGCUCAGCCGCUCGGCAAGCCGUUGGCUGGAAAGGCUGGGUGUUUUAUUUUGGGUGAUUCGUUGUUGCCACGUGGGCUCCCUCGAAAUAUAUAGACGUAUACUGUAUGCAAGCACGCGCGCACUCACACACAGACAGACAGACAGACAGACAGACGUUCCAAGCAACACAGGCCAAAUCAAUCCUGAAGCCGAGAACAACCUGUCUACAACCCGGUCUUUGAAAUGAAAGGAAGAAGCCGGCUUACGAUAGUACAAACUUGGUGAUCCAAUCUGCUGCAACAGUGAAAGAAACAACAUACUUGUUGUAACAGGAUCCUUGGAGUAGCAAAGUCAGAUUGUUGUGAGAAAAAACUCAUUCUAAAGAUUAGUGGUCUGGACAUUAAUCUGCUAAAAAGGUAUCCUGCUGAACCAAGUGUAUUGCUCUUGCUGCUGCUGGCGGUUUACUGAAAGCGUUGCCCACAUCCGUGAUCAAACACCCCACCGAUUGCGAAGAUGGAACUGCAAAAAAUGGGAAGCGAGGUUGGCACCGAAAGAUUCAACGGUACAAUACCUGACAGUGACAAAGCAGCUGUCCUGGAGGAUGGGUAUGAGGAAGAGGAACGUAUUUCAGCAGAACAAGAUGGCUUCUUGCCUAAUGCUGCCAGCAAGAAAUUCAGCCAAUUCACUGAUUUUGAGGGAAAGACUUCGUUUGGGAUGUCAGUCUUUAAUCUGAGCAACGCCAUCAUGGGGAGUGGCAUCCUGGGCCUGGCCUAUGCCAUGAGGAAUACGGGAAUCACCCUCUUUGUGAUCCUUUUGAUCUGCAUUGCUUUGCUCUCCUCCUAUUCCAUUCAUCUGCUGCUGAAGUGUGCUGGAGUUGUUGGAAUUAGAGCAUAUGAACAGCUGGGAUUGAAGGCCUUUGGCCAUGGGGGCAAAGUGGUGGCUGCUGUCAUAAUCUCAAUACACAACAUAGGAGCUAUGUCCAGUUACUUGUUCAUUGUUAAAUCUGAACUGCCACUUGUGAUCCAAACCUUCUUAGGGCUGACAGCAAACAAUGGCGAAUGGUACAUGAAUGAGAAAAUUUUAAUAGUUGUCGUCAGCAUUAGUGUCAUCCUGCCCUUGGCUCUGAUGAAACAUUUAGGUUAUCUUGGUUAUACCAGUGGACUCUCACUCACCUGCAUGUGUUUCUUUCUCACCUCGGUAAUUUACAAGAAAUUCCAGAUCCCUUGUCCCUUCAAUGAUACUGUGGUGGUCAAUAGCACCAUGGAAUCCAGCCAUGAUACCUGUAGUACUGAAACCUUUCCUCUCAAUUCUCAGACUGCAUACGCAAUCCCCAUCUUGGCAUUUGCCUUUGUUUGCCAUCCAGAAGUGCUUCCUAUUUACACCGAGCUGCGCAGGCCUUCAAAGCGUCGAAUGCAGAGUGUAGCCAAUGUCUCCAUCCUGGCCAUGUUUUCCAUGUAUCUGCUGACAGCUAUCUUUGGUUACCUCACCUUUUAUGGAAAUGUUGAAGCAGAGAUGUUGCAUACCUACAUCAGAGUUGACCCUCUAGACAAGCUUAUCCUUUCUGUGCGAUUGGCUGUACUCCUAGCUGUGACCCUCACUGUGCCAGUGGUUCUAUUCCCGAUCCGCAGAGCCAUCCAGCAGUUGCUAUUCCCCAAGAAAGAUUUCAGUUGGAUCCGUCAUGUCAUCAUUGCCUUCUGCCUGCUUUUCAUUGUCAACCUCCUUGUCAUUUUUGUGCCAAACAUCAAGGAUAUUUUUGGAGUCAUUGGAGCCACAUCAGCCCCCAGUCUCAUCUUCAUCCUUCCUAGCAUUUUCUACAUCCGAAUUAUCCCCAAUGAAAAAGAACCACUACGAUCAAGACCCAAAAUCCAGGCUGCCUGUUUUGCUGCCCUUGGUUUCAUUUUCAUGGUGAUGAGCCUCACUUUUAUCAUCGUCGACUGGGUAACCACAGGGAAGAGCUCUGGAGUGAAUCACUAGCGAAGCCCACUCCUGACCCCAAGAGACCAGGUGGUUCUAACUAGGGAGACCAUUCAGUGCCAGAGAAACAGCGAUGCCUUUGGCUGUUUUAUCCUCACGCAUCCUGGAGACACCAUAAUUACCUGUCCAUCACUUUGGAGAAGUGUUGGAAGCCACCCCCCUUGGUGCUAUGACAAUGCAAAGUAAUUUGGAACAUCUCCGGGCCUUCGCUACAGUCCUUCUAAGAUCUAGGCCUCUAAAUCAGAGCCUCUGAAUAAGCUCCCUUCAUUUGCUGGCUCCUAUGGUAGCAGCAUUAUUUUUCUGGCCUUCACUUUUUUUUGUUCUCCCUGGCGAUAUUGUGCCAUCACCAACAAUUGCAUGUCUUAGCAAAACCAUGUGGGGUUUGGUUUGGGUCUUCUUUGCCCAGGAUUACCGUGUUGCUUCUCAACAAGGCUUACUUUGGCUCCUCCCACCAUCACCAUUCUCCUCUUCCUCCUUCACCUCCAUUGUUAUGAAAGGAAUUUCAGGCUGGUUUGUCCUAAUUUGUCACUGUACCAAAUGGUGCCUUGAUGUCUCAACAGUUGUGACUCCUUAUCCUUGUUAUCCAAAAUGAAAGAGGGUGGGGGCUGGUUGCUAUGGAGGCAUAGUGUCUGAUGUCACUCAGUCUCCUGCCUGAUAUCACUUAAGACCGCAGCAAUGAAACUAACUGACAGCGAAGGAAAUGCCAUGCCUGGAUGGGUGUGAUCAAAGCAACGGACAAUCUAAUUUAUUUGCUCUUAUUUAAUUUCAACCUGGCUACCAGACCAAAGAAUAUAAAUAACAUAGCCAUCCCAAUGCCUAUUUGAUCCAUGCCACGAUUCCAGGUUUUUCUGACAUAGAUGAGGUCUGGGAAUCAAGGGAGGAAGGAGAACUAAGGACCCUGGAAUCCUGGAAAUCUCCCACCUAAGGAGGCAGAGCAGAAUGGCUCAUGUCGG